CGGCACGGAGUGAUGCUGAUCUCUCGGUAAAUUAAAAGGACGGAACGGCGUCCAAGCAAAAGCAAGCGCGAGUGUUUCAAAAUCGGCGUGAAACUAGGCUCUCGGAAUUGUUUAAUAUAUAAAAACGCACAGCGCCAAAGUAUUCAUUGGGGACGUUUCAUUUCCUUUUACAAAUAUCUGUAUCUGUCAGAAUGAGGUUUCCUAACAGAAAACUACACACGGUGGUACACGGAGAGCACUCGGAAGCUCAUGCAAACUUUCAAAAUCCUUUCGUGCACGAGUUGAGAUUCACUCCGCUGCAGAAACUGAAGAUAGCUGUGAUGACUGUGACACUCUUUCCUGUGCGUCUGCUGUUUGCUGCGUUCAUGAUGUUGUUGGCCUGGCCUUUCGCGUUUGUGGCCACCGUCGGCCGUUCUGAGGAUGCGGUAGAGCCUCUCUCCUGGUGGAGAUGGUUAGUGGAUUUGGUCUUAAAGGCCAUUAUGAGGGCCAUGUGGUUUUCCGGGGGGUUCCACUGGAUACGUGUGAAGGGACAGCCAGCUUUGCCCAGCGAAGCGCCCAUCCUCACCAUGGCCCCCCACUCAUCUUACUUUGACGCCAUCCCGGUUACCAUGACGAUGGCAUCGAUUGUGAUGAAGUCCGAGAGCAAAGACAUUCCAGUCUGGGGAACCCUUACUAAGUUCAUCCGGCCCGUGUUUGUGUCCCGCUCGGAUCAGGACUCUAGGAAAAAGACCGUUGAGGAGAUCAGACGCAGGGCGUGUUCGGCUGGCGAGUGGCCUCAGAUCAUGAUAUUCCCGGAGGGCACAUGCACCAAUAGAUCCUGUCUCAUCGCGUUUAAGCCUGGUGCCUUCAUCCCUGGAGUUCCCGUACAGCCUGUGGUUUUGCGUUAUCCGAACGAGAUGGAUACCAUCUCAUGGACGUGGCAGGGCCCUGGAGCAUUUGAGAUUUUGUGGCUGACGUUAUGCCAGUUACACAAUAUCAUAGAAAUAGAGUAUCUCCCUACAUACACCCCAUCAGAGGAAGAGAAGAAGGAUCCUGCUUUAUUUGCCAGAAAUGUGAGGCGGAUCAUGGCCAAGGCGCUGGGGCUUCCCGUCAUCGACUACUCUUUUGAAGAUUGCAAGCUUGCAAUGGCCAAGGGCCCUCUGCGUUUGCCCCGACACACCUGCUUGCUGGAGUUUGCCAGACUGGUGCGCUGUUUAGGACUGAAGACAAGGGUCACAGAUGAAGUCCUUCAUGAGGAAGCCAUCAGGGCCCGUCAGAUGAGCGGUUUGGACAUGGAGGCCUUUGCUCGGUACCUCAACCAUCCCAUUACAGAGGCGGUCCAGGACAUCUUCUCACUUUUUGAAGAGAAUGGGUUAAUGGACGUGAAAGAGUACGUCACCGCUCUGUCCGUGGUCUGCAGACCUUUCAGAUAUCUGGACACCAUUAAACUGGCCUUCAUGAUGUUUGAAGCACAAGACGAUGGUGCGGUUGUAGAAGAUGAAUUGGCCACGAUUUUAAAAACGGCUCUGGGGGUUGGAGAGCUCGCUGUUGGUGACCUCUUUAGGGCCAUUGAUUGUCAAGACAAAGGAAAGAUCACAUAUGGUGAUUUUUGCAAGUUUAUGAAGAAAUGCCCAGAUUUUGUGGAGCAGUAUCACUGUCUCCAUGGCUCAACACCAAGACACUCGCCUUCAGAGUCUAGGCCUUCGACUAAUGGCUUCUGUGGUGACUUCAGCCCCAAAGAACUAGACAAUCACAGUACAGCACACAGCAAGAAACAGGACUGAAAGCUUUUACCCUCACAGCCUGUCACUCUCAGUGUGUGUGUGUGUGUAUGUGAGAUGUGUUGAUGAAUGAUAAAUUGAGUCCAAAUUUGCAUCUGGGAUUUUCCCAGAGUUCUUCUGAAAAUCUUUUAAUAAUUUAUUUUUUUAUUUCCUCCAAGAGCCUUGGCCUAUCUUCAAAGCUGUUUUUUCUGACAUUAAUGGAAAGGAAACCUCUUAUUCAAUGUCUUGUUUUUUUAAGAGAAAUAUUUUUUAACACUUGUCAUAUAUAAAGUGGCAUUCAGUUUAUAACAUGAGCGUGUGGUUUAUAAAUAACAGAUUCUUUGGGUUGUUCAGGCAAACUUAUGCUAACAGGUGAUGCUUGUGCCAGUACUUAAGAUACUUAAAUUGGUUAAACUUAAACGAUUGAAUUGAUAGUUUAUACAGAGGCACCAUUGUUAAAUAAGUCGCAGUGAGUUAUAUAUUUUUUUUAUAUGUUUUAUACCAGGACAUCCUGUUUGACAUCACUGGACAACAAAGCUGAUGUUGUCUGUUUACAAUGCUAGUGCACAGUAUGUUCCCCACAUUUUAUUUGACUCAUACCUUUCAUAAGGAAAACAGUAUUUAUUGCUGAUAUAUUGCUAAUUUUAUAUUUAUUGUAUACACUACUGCUCAAACGUUUAGGGUCACUUGACUGAUCCGAAGGCAUGUCUGAAUGUUUGAAAUUAGUUGUGGAGAAAAAUAAUUGUGCCAACGUGUUUCAUUAUAAAACAAACGUUUUUCUUUAAAAGUAUGUUAUUGAAAUUGAAGAUGAACCGGUGGGAAGUCAUUCAAUAUUAUAUAAAAAGCAUCCCAAUGUAAGACUUUUAGAAGUUGGCUGAUGAAAUGCAAGGAGAACAUUUCUGCAAAUUCUAGCCAAAGGUUGACCACAAUAAAGGUGAUAUACAGUACUGUGCAAAAGUCUUUGGCACGUUAGGAUUUUCAUAGCCUUAAGAAAAUGGUAUUGAGCCAGUUAUUUAUAUAUUUUGGAUAUUCGUUUAUUUACGUAUUUUCUGUAGUGUGUCAGUAGCAAAUAUAAGUUAAUUUUUCCAAACUUUUUUCUUUUGGAAAAUCCACUGUCAUUUAUGAUUUUGGCUGUUGUUGUUUUGGCACAUGUGCAUGCAAAAAUCGCACUGGAUUAUUACAAUUAUUGGCAAAAAAGACGUAAGUAACUGGCAUGAAAACCUUUUUUUGGACGGGGUAUGUUAUAAGUCAAAAUAUGCUUCCCAAUAGUUUCUGAAUUAUUAUUUAUUGUGUCGUUUCGAUGAGUUUACUUUUAAAGGGACAGUUCACCAAUUUUUUUUCUGGGACAUCAUUCACUGGAUUUUUGUUCUGUUAAAUACAAAAUGAUAUGUGUUAAAGAUUUUAGCAAACCAUUAUGGGGCACGUUUGAUACCAUUUUAAUUCUGGUAUAUUUUAAUUUAAUUUGUUCCUAUAUGGUCUAUGAUCUCCCAGAACUGAAAAUUGCUAAUAUUCUUCCAAAAAUCUUCUUUUGUGUUUAGCAGAACACAAUAAUUUAACAGAUGUGGAACAAUUUAAGAGUGAGUCAAUACCAGAAUUUUAAUUUUAUGGGUGAACUAUCCCUUUAAUGAUUGAAAAUAUAAAGAAUAAGUGACCAUUAACUUUGAAUGGGUAGUGUAUAUAAUAAUAAUAAUUUAAUCUGUUUGAGAUUGAGGAUUGUUAAAAUUCCUUUCUAUCGUAAAUGAAUGUCUAUUACACAGUUCUACUCUAAUCUUCUCAUCACAACCGCCUUGAUACUUUAACCAGACUUUCAGAUAUUUUUAAUGACAAUUGAAGAAUUGUACACUGAUCACUAGCAGUUUUCCA